AUACGGAUAUGGGCAUUUUAAAAUUGAGAGAGAGAGAGAGAGAGAGAGGAGGUGAGAGCGAGCGCAUAGUAACAGUCGCCAUGGCGAUGACACUGGUGAAGCCCAACUCUUUCCAGCUGUUAGAAUCGAAGAAACCCAGAAAUCAAAACCACCCAUUUUUCAAUUCAAGCUUUGGCCAACGUCGAUCUAUCAUUCCAAUCUUCAAGUCUUCCUACAAUCCCAGCUUUAGUUCUUCUUAUUCGUCUCCAUCAUCAUCAUCACUUGAAACUCUGGACGAAGCUCGAAGAUUGGUCUACCAAUUCGACCCCAAAAUUCCCCUUGAAGAAGCCCUGACACCACCCAGUUCCUGGUACACCCAACCUUCUUUUCUCUCUCUUGAAUUCGAUCGUGUCUUCUUCCGAGGUUGGCAGGCCGUCGGAUGUACUGAACAGAUUAAAGAAUCUGGUAACUUUUUCACUGGCAGGUUGGGAAAUGUAGAGUAUGUGGUAUGCAGGGAUGAUAAUGGGAAUGUUCAUGCAUUUCACAAUGUCUGCCGCCAUCAUGCGUCGCUUCUCGCCUCUGGAAGUGGGCUAUUAUCUUGCUUUGUGUGCCCCUAUCAUGGUUGGACUUACGGGUUGGAUGGAGCACUUCUAAAGGCAACUAGAAUAACAGGAAUUCGGAACUUCAAUGUAAAUGAAUUUGGACUUAUUCCACUGAAAGUAGCUAUUUGGGGACCAUUUGUUCUGCUCAAUUUGGAAGACAUUCCGCCUCAACAAGCAGCUGAUGUCAACAAUAUAGGAAAAGAGUGGCUUGGUAGCUCAUCAGAGAUACUGAGUACCAACGGAGUUGACUCUUCUCUGAGUUACAUUUGCAGACGUGAAUAUACCAUUGAAUGUAACUGGAAGGUUUUCUGUGACAACUACUUGGAUGGUGGUUAUCAUGUACCAUAUGCACAUAAAGGUCUUUCAUCUGGUCUUAACCUCGAGUCCUAUUCUACCACAACAUUUGAGAAAGUUAGCAUCCAACAAUGUGAUGGUGGUUCAGCGGAAACUGAGAAUGAGUAUGAACGACUUGGAUCUAAAGCUCUGUAUGCUUUCAUUUAUCCAAAUUUCAUGAUUAAUAGGUAUGGGCCUUGGAUGGACACCAAUCUAGUACUCCCAAUAGGAUCCAGAAAAUGUCAAGUGAUAUUUGACUACUUCCUUGAUGCUUCCCUUAAGGAAGACAUAGCUUUCAUAGAGAGCAGUCUAGAAGAUAGUGAACGAGUGCAGAUGGAAGAUAUCAUCUUGUGUGAAGGUGUUCAGAGAGGCCUUGAAUCGCCUGCGUACUGUAGCGGUAGGUAUGCUCCGUCCGUGGAGAAGGCCAUGCACCAUUUCCACUGCCUACUUUAUCACAACCUUAUUAAUUAAUUGAUAUCUAAAUGGAAAUUGCCAGUGGUUACCUUCAAUCUUCAUGCUUCUCACCUCUUUUCCCCAUUACUGUGUGUGCUAUAUUAUAUAUAUACACUGGUGGUUAUUCAUUUGUUUAUUACCAUUGAUUAUUUUAGAGUAAAUUAUACUUUGCCCUUUUUAUGUGGCAGUCAAUGUGAUAUUUUUCAGUUAA